AUGACAGCACUUGUUUUCACCUCUGGGCCAAUUGAAGGAACUAUAAUUAGUGCAGAUGAAGACGCCCACAAUCUGUGGAAGUUGGGAACCAAACAAAAACAAAAACAAAACAAGAGAAGCAAAAAGACGAAAUUGUUGUUGCAUUUGCAUGCACUAGUGCACGAAUUGGACAGAUCACGUAACUAUCAAAAGCUCACAAGCUCAGCUAUUAACAUUGAAGCACAGGGCGGCGAUGACAACCAUGCUUCAAUCGCAUCCAAAGUUACGGUUAUCGGAAGUGGCAACUGGGGCAGUGUUGCUGUUAAGCUGAUCGCCUCCAAUACCCUCAACCUCACCUCCUUUCACGACGAAGUGAGGAUGUGGGUGUACGAGGAGACAUUACCAAGCGGCGAGAAACUAACAGAUGUAAUCAAUCGAACCAAUGAAAAUGUUAAAUAUCUGCCUGGAAUUAAGCUUGGAAAAAACGUAUUUGCGGAUCCAGACCUUGAAAAUGCAGUGAAAGAUGCCAAUAUGUUGGUAUUCGUGACCCCUCACCAAUUCAUGGAAGGAAUAUGCAAGAAGCUAACUGGGAAACUAAGGACAGAUGCAGAGGCAAUUUCCCUUGUGAAAGGUAUGGAGGUCAAGAUGGAAGGCCCAUGCAUGAUCUCUAGUCUCAUCUCCCAGCAACUGGGAAUCAAUUGUUCUGUUCUUAUGGGAGCCAACAUAGCAAAUGAGAUAGCGGUGGAGAAAUUUAGCGAAGCAACAGUUGGAUACAGGCAGAACAAGGAUGUUGCAGAAAGAUGGGUCCGUCUGUUUAGUACUCCCUAUUUCAUUGUCACCGCUGUCCAGGAUGUUGAAGGAGUGGAACUGUGUGGAACCCUGAAAAAUGUUGUGGCCUUGGCUGCAGGUUUUGUUGAUGGCUUGGAAAUGGGAAAUAAUACAAAAGCAGCAAUCAUGCGACUUGGUCUGAGAGAAAUGAAGGCAUUUUCCAAGCUGUUGUUUCCAUCUGUUAGGGACAGCACCUUUUUUGAGAGUUGUGGUGUAGCUGACCUUAUCACGACAUGCUUGGGUGGAAGGAACAGGAAAGUUGCAGAGGCUUUUGCAAAGAAUGGAGGGAAGAGGUCUUUUGAUGAGCUUGAAGUAGAGAUACUGCAGGGGCAAAAAUUGCAGGGUGUCUCCACUGCAAGAGAGGUUUAUGAGGUUCUAACACAUCGUGGAUGGCUAGAGUUGUUUCCCCUCUUCUCAACUGUGCAUGAGAUAUGCAGUGGCCGCCUUCCCCCAUCGGCCAUAGUUGAAUACAGCGAGCGCAAAUCCAGAUCCUCAUAAUCCGAGGCUAUGGAAAAUAAUGUUCUCUUGCUGCAGAAAUUACUAGCAGAAAUUGCAUUUAUGGUUCCAUGAAAAUGUAACAGCAAGCUUUAGCUGUGUGCAUCAACCACGGAAGGACUGGCUGAAUUUGCACUGCUUUUCCUCACCAAAAUGUCAGGCCAACAGAAGAGUUUACUCUCCUUUAAUCAUGUACUAUUUUGCCACUUUAAUUUUUACAAGAAAUUGAUAUAACUAGAAUAAAGAGGUAAAGUGUAAUUUCA